AUGGAUUGUACAGAAAAAAACAGUAUUGCUUCAGAUGUAAAAGAGGAAGAAGAAAAACCAGAGAGACCUGCUCCACAGUCUUCCCCUGCAGGGGAGUCUAAAGUAAAGGUUUUCAAACCGGAGGAGCUACGCCAAGCUCUCAUGCCUACACUAGAGGUAUUAUAUCGGCAAGAUCCAGAAUCUCUUCCAUUUCGUCAACCUGUAGAUCCUCAAAUAUUAGGAAUCCCAGAUUACUUUGAGAUAGUCAAAACGCCGAUGGAUCUGUCAACUAUUAAACGCAAACUGGAUACAGGACAGUAUCAGGAGCCAUGGCAGUAUGUGGAGGACAUUUGGCUGAUGUUCAACAAUGCCUGGCUGUAUAAUCGAAAGACAUCUCGUGUUUAUAAGUACUGCUCAAAACUGGCUGAAGUAUUUGAACAGGAGAUUGACCCAGUCAUGCAGAGUUUGGGCUACUGUUGUGGAAGAAAACUUGAAUUUUCUCCACAAACUUUAUGCUGCUAUGGGAAACAGUUAUGUACAAUUCCACGUGAUGCUACUUAUUACAGUUACCAAAACAGGUACCACUUCUGUGAGAAAUGCUUCAACGAGAUCCAAGGGGAGAGUGUAUCUCUUGGUGAUGACCCAACACAGCCGCAGACUACCAUCAACAAAGAUCAAUUCUCCAAACAGAAAAAUGACACUUUGGAACCAGAACAGUUUGUGGACUGCUUAGACUGUGGUCGGAAAAUGCAUCAAAUUUGUGUUCUUCAUAAUGACACAAUCUGGCCAACCGGUUUUGUUUGCGAUCGUUGCCUGAAGAAAAGUGGCCAAACCAGAAAAGAGAACAAGUUUUCAGCAAAACGACUUCCAUCUACAAGAUUAGGUACAUUUUUGGAGAAUCGUGUCAAUGAUUUUCUAAGAAGACAGGGUAAUCCUGAGGCUGGGGAAGUUAUUGUUCGUGUUGUCCACGCCUCUGACAAAACUGUGGAAGUGAAACCUGGCAUGAAAGCCAAGUUUGUGGAUACAGGGGAAAUGGCAGAGUCUUUCCCUUACCGUACAAAAGCCCUUUUUGCUUUUGAAGAGGUAGAUGGUGUUGAGUUGUGCUUUUUUGGUAUGCAUGUACAGGAGUAUGGGUCGGACUGCCCACCACCCAACCAGAGGCGUGUAUACAUCUCUUACCUGGAUAGCGUUCACUUUUUUCAACCAAAGUGCUUAAGGACAGUGGUCUACCAUGAAAUUUUAAUUGGAUACCUUGAAUAUGUUAAGAAACUUGGGUACACGACUGGACAUAUCUGGGCUUGUCCUCCUAGUGAAGGAGAUGACUACAUUUUCCAUUGCCAUCCUCUCGAUCAGAAAAUACCAAAGCCCAAACGUUUGCAGGAAUGGUAUAAGAAAAUGUUGGAUAAAAGUGUGUCUGAACGUAUUGUUCAUGACUACAAGGACAUCUUCAAGCAGGCAACUGAAGACCGGCUAACUAGUGCCAAGGAGUUGCCCUACUUCGAAGGAGAUUUCUGGCCAAAUGUAUUGGAGGAAAGUAUCAAAGAAUUGGAACAAGAAGAGGAAGAAAGAAAGAGAGAGGAAAACACUGUCAAUGAUGAAAGCAUAGAGGUUGGAAAAGGUGAUAGCAAGAAUGCAAAGAAAAAAAACAACAAAAAGACCAGUAAAAACAAAAGCAGUCUGAGCAGAGGGAACAAGAAGAAACCUGGUAUGCCUAAUGUUUCCAAUGACUUGUCACAAAAGCUUUAUGCCACAAUGGAAAAACACAAAGAGGUCUUUUUUGUUAUCCGAUUAAUUGCUGGGCCUGCUGCCAACUCCCUGCCCCCUGUCAUAGAACCAGAUCCGUUAAUUCCAUGUGACCUAAUGGAUGGACGUGAUGCCUUUCUAACUCUUGCAAGGGACAAACACUUGGAAUUCUCCUCAAUGCGUAGAGCCAAAUGGUCUACUAUGUGCAUGCUAGUGGAACUUCACACCCAAGGCCAGGACCGAUUUGUCUACACUUGUAAUGAGUGCAAACACCAUGUAGAGACACGAUGGCACUGUACAGUAUGUGAGGAUUAUGAUUUGUGCAUCACGUGCUAUAGUACCAAGACCCAUGAACACAAAAUGGAAAAACUUGGUCUUGGCUUGGAUGAUGAGAAUAGCAAUCAGCAAGCAGCAGCAACACAAAGCCCUGGAGAUUCCCGUAGGCUAAGUAUUCAACGCUGUAUCCAGUCCCUGGUUCAUGCUUGCCAGUGUCGCAAUGCAAAUUGCUCCCUGCCAUCAUGUCAGAAGAUGAAGAGAGUGGUACAGCAUACAAAGGGCUGUAAACGCAAGACAAAUGGAGGAUGCCCAAUAUGCAAGCAACUUAUAGCACUUUGUUGCUACCAUGCUAAACACUGCCAGGAGAACAAAUGUCCAGUACCCUUCUGCCUCAAUAUAAAACAUAAGCUUCGGCAGCAGCAACUGCAGCACAGGCUUCAACAGGCACAAAUGUUGCGCAGACGUAUGGCUAGCAUGCAAAGAACAGGGGUAGUAGGUGUUCAGCAAAGUCUUCCUUCCCCAAAUUCAACUGGUCCAACAACACCAACUGGACAGCAGCCCCCCAUAUCACAUACUCCUCAAUCACAAUCUCAGCCUCAACAACUUCCGUGUAAUAACAUACCACCUUAUGGUAUGCAACAUGCUCAUUCCUCCAGCUGUAUGUCACAGGGCAAUCCAACUGCACAAGUAACGCCACCGACACCCCAAGCAGGAUCAGUGCAACCUUCUGGUCCACCCCCAGCUGCUGUGGAGAUGGCCAUGCAGAUUCAAAGGGCAGCGGAAACUCAAAGACAAAUGGCAAAAUCUCAACUUUUCCCACCCCCAAUGUCAAACGCUCACCAAAUGCAACCCAUGAAUGCCAUGCAGUCAACAGGGAUAAGCACACAAGGAAUACGAGGACCAAUGCUCAUGGAUUCUGGAAUGAGACCUACAGGAAUGGCACAGCCACACCAGCCUUCAUUACCCCCUCAACUACCAAGGGUACAGAGUAGAUCUCAAGUCAUGCAGCAUAACAUGCAGAGACCACCUGUAAUGCCUGUACAGCAAGGACAGCAAAUGAACAUUACUCUGCAGGGUGGUAUGGGACAGAUUCCUGCAGCAAGCCAGGGAAAACAAGGUUCCUUGCCACAAGCUGCAGUUCUCCGUACUUUGCGGUCCCCUAGUUCCCCAAUGCAGCAGCAACAGGUACUAAAUAUACUGCACUCAAAUCCACAGCUAUUAGCUGCCUUUAUAAAACAAAGAGCAGCAAAAUAUGCCAGCAGCCAGGGCCUGCAGAGUGCUGGCAAUAUGCCUGGGAUGCCCUCCCAAGGAAAUCUACCCCAUGUCAUGCACCCCAAUGCAAACAUGCAAAGUGUGAACCCCAUGCAGGCAGUAGGACAACGGACAUCUAUGCCACAGCAGCCUCAGGCUCCUCAGCCACAGACUCUUCAGCCUCCAUCAUCUCAACAGGCCAUAGCAGGGUUGAAUUCACAGGGCCAACCAAUUAAUAUGAAUCAUGCUGGAAUAUCACCGCAGUUUCGUGAGCUUCUGAUCAGACGACAGCAAAUGAUGCAGCAACAACAGGGAUCUGGUGCUGGGAUGAUAAAUCACAACCAGUUUCAGCAACACCAGGUCAUGAGUGGGUAUGCACCACAGCAGCGCAUACAACAUCAUAUGCAAAUGCAACAAGGUAGUAUUGGACAGAUAAGCCAGUUACCACAGGGAAUGCUAAGUGAAACGAGCAGCGGCUUGCAGACUUUUAAUCAGCGAAUUUUGCACCAACAAGUAGGAUCUCCAGCACAACAGAACCUCAUGAGUCCACAGCAACAUAUGUUGCCAGGUCCAGCCCAGUCUCCCCAUUUACAGGGCCAGCAGCUCCCACCUUCAUUAAGCAAUCAAGUACGUUCUCCUCAGCCAGUCUCCUCUCCUCGAUCCCAGCCGCCUCACUCUAGUCCAUCACCUCGUAUGCAACCCCAACCCUCUCCCCACAAUGUUUCUCCACAGGCAAACUCUCCUCAUACAAGCAUUGUAGUUGGGCAGGGGAACCCUGUGGAUCAAGGGCAUUAUGGGAGCCCAGAUCGCACAACCAUGUUAUCGCAGUUAUCUGGUCUUCAUGGAGGGGGCAUAUCUGACUUGGGUUUAAGUACAGAUAACCCGGACCUUAAUUCCAGCCUUUCACAGAGUACACUAGACAUCCACUAA